UUGAUACAAUGUAACUUUUGACUCAAAACAAGCUCAAAACGUAGAAAGAUUGCAAUUUUUAGUAAGAAUUCUAAAAAUUGGUAGGAGUACUAUAAGUUGUGUAUAUCCGAAAAAAUUAAUCUUGAAAUCUUUCUUCAUAAAUUUUGCUACAGUUUAUAAAAUUAAAAAUCGCUAGACUUUGGCAUGACCAAAUUCUACUGUUACAGAGGAGUUUGGCAACAAUGGAGAUACGAUUGGCUGCUCCGUAUACCUUGCUUUCUACAGCAUCGUCGCUCAUCUUCAGUCAUGAAAGCUCCAGCGGCAUUGAUUCCGAGCUUCGAUUCCCAUGCAUAUGCCCGAAUGCUUCAGCUUUGCACGAAGAACAACGACCCCAACACAGCGAAAACCAUCCAUUGUGAUGUUCUUAAGAGGGGUAACUGUUUGGACCUAUAUGGUCGCAAUAUUUUGUUGAAUCUCUACUUGAAAACGGGGCUUUUAUCCGAUGGUCGCAAAGUGUUCGAGGAAAUGCCGGAGAGAAAUGUUGUUUCUUUCGUAACAAUGAUUCAGGGAUAUUCUCAAUUCAAAGAGUACGAUAGAGCUGUAGAUUUAUUCUUUAGGGUGCAUAAGGAGGGCCAUGAACUUAACCCUUUUGUCUUCACCACGAUUUUGAAGUUGCUUGUGAGCAUGGAUUGGUUGGAGUUAGCGUUGUGUGUUCAUGCUUGUAUUUAUAAGUUUGGUUAUGGUUCUGAUGCCUUUGUUGGGACAUCUCUUAUUGAUGCUUAUUCGGUUUUUGGGGCUGUGAAUUUUGCUAAAGAGGUGUUCAAGGGAAUUGUCGAUAGGGACAUGGUAUGUUGGACUGGGAUGGUGUCUUGUUAUGCUGAGAAUGAUUGUUUUGAAGAUUCAUUGGAUCUCUUUAAUCAAAUGAGGUUCGCAGGCUUGAUGCCAAAUAAUUAUACUUUUGCAAGUGUGAUUAAGGCGUGUCUAGGAAUUGAAAAUGCUGAAUUGGGGAAGAGUAUACAUGGCUGCGUUAUAAAGACAUGUUAUGAGAUGGAUUCUUAUGUCGGUGUUUCCUUGCUUGACUUGUAUACCAGGUCUGGGGACAUUGAGGAUGCUAGACAUGUAUUUGAGGAUAUCCCUAAAGAUGAUGUAGUUCCAUGGAGUUUCAUGAUUUCUCGGUAUUCACAAAGUGAUCGUUGUCAGCAGGCAUUGGAUAUGUUUAUCCAAAUGCGGAAAGCUUUUGUAAGUCCUAAUGAAUUCACUUUGGCUAGCAUCCUCCAAGCUUGCGCGACAAAGGAGGACCUCGAGCUGGGGUCUCAAGUCCACUGCCAAAUGAUCAAGGUUGGGCUUGAUUUGAAUGUGUUUGCUCUGAAUGCCCUCAUGGAUGUGUAUGCUAAAUGUGGAAAUAUAUGGUCUUCUAUGGAAUUGUUUGUGCAGUCCACGAAUAAAAAUGAGGUUUCCUGGAACACAAUGAUAGUUGGAUAUGUCCAACUAGGAGAUGCAGAGAAAGCCUUUCUAUUGUACCUAAAUAUGGUAGAACAAAACAUCCAAGCAACUGAGGUAACAUACUCCAGCUUGCUCAGGGCUGCUGCAUGUUUAGCAGCUUUGGAGGUUGGGAUUCAGAUACAUUCAGUGACGGUCAAAACCAUGUAUGAUGGAGAUGAUGCAGUCAGUAAUGCUCUUAUUGAUAUGUAUGGAAAGUGUGGACGAAUUAGGGAUGCUCGUUCAGUUUUUGACUCUAUGAUCACACAAGAUGUCAUUUCAUGGAAUUCAAUCAUUUCAGCAUACUCGAUGCAUGGUCUUGGUGAUGAGGCGUUAAAGAUCUUUGAGGCUAUGCGAAAAGCCAACAUCACACCUGAUCCUUUGACCUUUGUUGCUGUCCUUUCAGCAUGUAGCAACACUGGAUCAAUGGAUCAAGGUGAGUCUUAUUUUACUUCCAUGCAAGAGGAUUAUGGCAUUGAACCACGCAUGGAACAUUAUACUUGUAUGGUAUCACUUCUAGGAAGAUUGGGUUAUAUUGACAAGGCAGUAAAGAUGAUAGGAGAGAUUCCACAUGAGCCCAGUGUUAUGGUAUGGCGUGCAUUGCUCGGGGCUUGUGUUGCACACAACAAUGUUGAGUUUGGGAGGUUUUCUGCUGAGAAAGUGCUUGAGUUGGAACCCCAAGAUGAAUCAACUUAUGUGCUUUUGUCUAACAUAUAUGCAGGUGCAAAAAGAUGGGAUAAUGUGGCUGUUGUUAGGAAAAGGAUGAAGAGGAAAAAGGUGAAGAAGGAGCCAGGCCUUAGUUGGGUUGAGAAUCAGGGAAUGGUUCAUUCUUUCGUUGUAGGAGACAAUUCACAUGAAGAUAUUAAACUUAUUCGUGCAAUGCUUGAAUGGCUCAACUUGAGAAGCAAAAGAGCUGGGUAUGCACCUAAUCAUGAUGUGAUUUUGCUUGAUGUGGAAGAGGACGAAAAAUCACGUCUAUUGUGGUCGCACAGUGAAAGGAUAGCUCUGUCAUUUUCUCUUCUUGUAACGCCUCCCGGAAGCCCUAUACGCAUCAUUAAGAAUCUUCGUAUAUGUGCUGACUGCCAUGUUGCGCUUAAGUUGGCAUCUAAGUUGGUGAAGAGAGAAAUUGUUGUUAGGGACAUAAAGCGGUUUCAUCACUUUCAUGAUGGUAUAUGCUCCUGCAAUGAUUACUGGUGACUCUCUAAAUAUUGUCUUCAAUGGAUAAGCUGAUUGAGAUAGAAUUUAUUGAGAUUAUACAAAUCGGUGUCGGCUCAGUUCCAUAACGAUUCUGCUUUUGCAAUGAUACUUUGUAAGUGAUAUAGUUU